AUGCCGUCGCCUUCCAGCCAGGUGCCUGCGGCGCCUCGAGCCGGUCACCAUCACCAGCUCUCAGAGAUGACGGCUCGAGGCGUUUUGCGAUGCAAAUUCACGCUUUCUCCGUGCAGUCAAAUGCCCCCUAAGAAAGGAAGUGGGUUCUUCCUUUGUGCAAAACAUGCUCCUGCCCUGCGUGCAGCAGGUGCCGCGCUACAGGAGCGCAACCCAGCUCCACCCGUUUGCACGGCCCCGGUGGCCCCACCAAGCCCAGCGGUGCUGCACCGCACCGCACCCACAGGCGACUGCCCCUUUCGGGUGGGGGCGUGUGAAAAGUCGAGACCCCGGAGCCCAUCAUCUUCCUUCGAUGCUUGUUUUCUGAACCCGCAGAGGCGAACGGCAGCUGCCACCGACAGCUUUUGGGGUUCGUGCCUGGAAACGGAGCGGCUCGGUGGGGAGAGCCGGCUGCCCGGUGCCACUAGAGGUCACCGUCUCAACGAGCUGGCGGAAAUGCCGGUAGCGAUCACCACCGACAUCGAGCAAACCCACUCUCGCUUUCCACGCCGGCACCCUCUGCUGAGCUGCUGCUCUCGUGACGCCGCUUUUUGGGGCGGACCUGGACCUAAAGCCCCGCAUCAGACUGGGGAAUGCCACACGAUCGCCUUCCUCCAGCAGCAUCCCCUCAACCAGUUUUCCCACAUUAACCAGCAGCAAACCGCAAGCCACCAGGCUGUCAAGGAGAGAGCAGCGUCCGACUCCCGCAAUGAAAUGCUUCACCUGGGGAGCCUGCUGAGAGCGAAAUUGAUAAAGGACAGCACCAGCCCAGGCAAUUUCACUCACAGCGGGCACUUGCAGUCUGCAAUUGAGCUGUUUGUGAACAGGCUUGACUCCGUAGAGUCCGUACUUCCCUACGAAUAUACUGCGUUUGAUUUUUGUCAAGCGGAAGGAAAGAAGCGUCCCUCUGAAAACCUUGGCCAAGUAUUGUUUGGAGAGAGGAUAGAACCGUCUCCUUACAGGUUCACAUUCAAAAACAAGGAGACAUGUAAAUCUGUUUGUACGAAAACAUAUGAUACCACAAAGCCAGAAGAUAAACAGAAACUAGACUUCUUGAAAAAAAGUAUGCUACUGAAUUAUCAGCAUCAUUGGAUUGUGGACAACAUGCCUGUGACCUGGUGUUAUGAUGUUGAAGAUGGCCAGAGGUUCUGCAAUCCUGGUUUUCCUAUUGGCUGUUAUAUUACAGAAGACGGCCGUCCAAAAGAUGCCUGUGUUAUUAAUUCAGAAUUUCAUGAAAAAGAUACUUUCUAUAUCUUCAACCACGUUGACAUAAAAAUAUAUUACCACGUUGUGGAAAAUGGAGCUCUGGGAGCAAGACUAGUUGCUGCUAAACUUGAACCAAAAAGUUACAAGCAUACUCAUCCAGACAACCCUGAUUGCUCAGGAGUACCUAUGGAUAUAAGUAAUAAGGCUAAUGGGGAAGUCAAAAUUGCUUACACAUACUCAGUUUCUUUUCAAGAAGAAAAAAGUAUAAGGUGGGCAUCAAGAUGGGAUUAUAUUUUGGAAUCCAUGCCUCACACUCACAUUCAAUGGUUUAGUAUUAUGAAUUCCUUGGUGAUUGUCCUCUUUCUGUCUGGAAUGGUGGCUAUGAUUAUGCUGAGGACGCUGCAUAAAGACAUUGCAAGAUACAAUCAGAUGGAUUCCACUGAAGAUGCUCAAGAAGAAUUUGGCUGGAAACUGGUUCAUGGUGAUAUUUUCAGGCCCCCAAGAAAAGGAAUGCUGUUGUCCGUUUUUCUAGGCUCUGGCACACAGAUCUUAAUAAUGACUUUUGUUACCCUGUUUUUUGCUUGCCUGGGAUUUUUGUCACCUGCCAACCGGGGAGCUCUCAUGACCUGUGCUGUAGUUUUGUGGGUACUGCUUGGAACUCCAGCUGGUUAUGUUGCUGCCAGAUUCUACAAAUCAUUUGGAGGUGAAAAAUGGAAAACAAAUGUCCUGCUGACAUCAUUCCUUUGUCCUGGAAUUGUGUUUGCAGAUUUUUUUAUCAUGAACCUCAUUCUCUGGGGAGAAGGCUCUUCAGCAGCUAUUCCGUUUGGUACUUUGGUUGCUAUUUUGGCACUCUGGUUUUGCAUAUCUGUACCGCUGACGUUUAUUGGUGCCUAUUUUGGUUUUAAGAAAAACGCUAUUGAACACCCUGUUCGCACAAAUCAAAUUCCUCGUCAGAUUCCUGAGCAAUCAUUCUAUACAAAGCCAUUACCUGGCAUUAUCAUGGGAGGGAUUCUACCUUUUGGAUGUAUCUUUAUACAGUUGUUCUUUAUUCUGAAUAGUAUUUGGUCUCACCAAAUGUAUUACAUGUUUGGCUUCCUGUUUCUGGUAUUCAUUAUUUUGGUUAUUACAUGUUCUGAGGCUACAAUAUUGCUCUGCUACUUCCAUCUAUGUGCAGAGGACUAUCACUGGCAGUGGCGUUCAUUUCUCACUAGUGGUUUCACUGCAGUUUAUUUCCUAAUAUAUGCAAUACAUUAUUUUUUUUCCAAACUGCAAAUCACAGGAACAGCUAGCACUAUUUUAUAUUUUGGUUAUACCAUGAUUAUGGUUUUGAUCUUCUUCCUUUUUACAGGGACAAUUGGAUUCUUUGCAUGCUUUUGGUUUGUAACCAAAAUAUACAGCGUGGUGAAAGUUGACUGAAGAACUGUAAAGAAUUAACACAGAGGAGGUUUAAUCUUCAUUAACGUAACUUAAAGACCUGGUCUAGUUGAUGAACUUCGGCUUUAUCAGAAGUAUUGGCUUCCUGUUCUUUGAGAAUGAUACUGAAUAUGCAGCUGCCCCAAACACUUUUUCCACUAACAGUUUGUAUUGUGACUUAACAACCUGGUUUCAUUCAGAUCUUAAUGAAGAUCAGAGUUACGGUAUUUAUGCAUUUGUAAAUACAACUAUACUUUAAAAGAAUUGUUAAAUUCUAAUGGCAGAAUAGAAGUGGCUGUAUUACACAACUUAAUGAUACUUCUGAUCAAAGUACAACUGUAAAUAGGUUUUUCUAGCUUGGUAGGUGGGAUGAAUUAUUUUUCUUUGAGGGAAAUGAGAACUUUUUAUUAUGCUGACUUUGAAGGAUGACUCUUAAGAAGUGUUGCUUUUAGUUUGGAUGUGAUUUUUAUUUUUUACUGGUGUUACGUCCACAAAUAUUCUGAUUUCUGUGACUUCAUUAGUUUCGGUGUUCUUGGCCUUUUAAACUAUGUGCCUCUGAGUCCUUGAAUUUAUAAAUUCAUAAUCUAAUAAAUAUUGUAAAAAUGUCUUCAGUGGCUCAUUACAUAUUAUAAGUUCAUAAAAAUAUGUAAAUACAAUUAUAUUGAAGAUCAAUGCUUAAAGUUUGCAUAGAGUAUUUUAUGGCAUUUUCUAUGGUUUAAUGUAUAUUGACACACUCUUAGAUCUGCAAGAAAUGUUAUUUGUGCUACAUGGCUAUAACACAGAAAUGUGAUUGUGGCGCAUGAGAAUUAAAUUAUACACACAUUUAACAAAACCACUCUGCAGCAUUAAUCCAGUCCUUAACCCAGAUACGUUUUCAGAGAUUGCUAUGGAAUUGUCAGUAUGUUGAGAAGAUCUUAUAACGCACGAGUCAGCAUUCUCUGCUGAUCUUGCUUUUAAAAGAUCUCAAUGAUGCAUAUUCUAUAUGGCAACUGCUGCCGAUUGUACUUAAUGUAGGUUAAAAAAUGAAAGAAAACUACUAUUUUUGCCUUAAGAGACUAAUGUCGAUUUUUGGAUGACUAGCAUUAAACCUGUAUUUGCUCUUUUGGAAAA